AAUUCAAAGAAAAGCGACAGUGCUGUGUUAUAAGCAGCCCCGAAAGGUAUACACAAUUUUCCGCAACCUACUCCGAGCAGCAAAUAUGGGUGGCAAGUACAAGAUUGUGAUGGUCCGCCACGGCGAGUCCGAGUGGAACCAGAAGAAUCAGUUCUGCGGCUGGUACGAUGCCAAUCUCAGCGACAAGGGCAAGGAGGAGGCUCAGGCAGCUGGCAAGGCUGUGAAGGACGCUGGUCUGGAGUUCGAUGUGGCCCACACUUCGGUGCUGACUCGCGCUCAGGUUACCCUGGCAAGCAUUCUGCAGGCCAGCGGCCACAAGGAGAUCCCCAUCCAGAAGACCUGGCGUCUGAAUGAGCGUCACUACGGUGGACUCACUGGCCUGAACAAGGCCGAGACUGCCGCCAAGUACGGCGAGGCCCAGGUGCAGAUCUGGCGUCGCAGCUUCGACACACCGCCGCCACCCAUGGAGCCCGGACACGCCUACUAUGACAACAUUGUCAAGGAUCCCCGCUACGCCGAUGGCCCCAAGCCCGAGGAGUUCCCCCAGUUCGAAUCGCUCAAACUGACCAUCGAACGCACACUGCCAUACUGGAACGAUGUGAUCAUUCCCCAGAUGAAGGAGGGCAAGCGCAUCCUGAUCGCAGCGCACGGCAACAGUCUGCGUGGCAUCGUCAAGCAUUUAGAUAAUCUCUCUGAGGAUGCCAUUAUGGCCCUGAACUUGCCCACUGGCAUCCCAUUCGUCUAUGAGCUGGACGAGAACUUCAAGCCGGUGGUGUCCAUGCAGUUCCUCGGCGAUGAGGAAACCGUCAAGAAGGCCAUCGAGGCUGUCGCUGCCCAGGGCAAGGCCAAGUAGACCGAAAAAAACCCCGCACAAAUCCGGCUCUAACAGACGAUGAGGCUCUGACAACGCUUUAGUUCUUCUUCAUGGUAACCCAUAGUCGUUGUUCUUGUUGUUAUCGUAGCAGUUUAAAUGGUUCAUCCCCACACUCUCUACAGUUAAUAAAUAAUUUAUUGUAACACA